GAAUGGCAGAACUCAAUACAGAAGAAUGCAGGCCUAGCUUUCAUUGAACUUGUCAAUGAAGGAAGGUUGCUGAGUCAAACAAUGAAGGAUCAUUUAGUGAGGGUAGCAAAUGAAGCAGAAUUUAUCUUGAGUAGGCAGAGAGCAGAAGACAUUCAUAGGCAUGCUGAAUUUGAGUCAUUGUGUGCCCAGUAUUCUGCAGAAAAACGUGAAGAUGAGAAGAUGUGUGAUCAUUUGAUAAGGGCAGCCAAGUAUCGUGAUCAUGUGACAGCAACUCAGCUGAUACAGAAAAUCAUCAAUAUACUGAUGGACAAGCAUGGAGCCUGGGGCAAUUCUCCGCCAAGGUAAAUAGACAAAUUAUAU